UGGUCUAACCGUGAAAACAGCGCUUUCUUUCCAGAUCCUUGUUUUGGGCGUUCGUUAAAAGAGGACGUUAUAUUUCAGUUUCAGCACCUUCAAGGCUUCAAGAUGGCGAACCAAACCCGUUCGGUGUUUGGGAGAGGGUGCGUUUCCGGAUUUAUCUUUCUUUCUGCCAUCAUGAACAUGGUAUUCUCUGUCACUCAUUAUUCUGUUCCUGAAGAAAUGGAGGAAGGCUCUAUCGUUGCUAAUUUAGCAACAGACCUGGGACUGGACGUGAAGACACUUAAGGGAAGAAAAAUGCGCGUUGAUGUAGUGGGAAGUAAAAAAUACCUCGACAUCAGCCAGGACACUGGGGAGCUUUAUAUUUUCGAAAGGAUCGAUAGGGAGUUUUUCUGUCCCUUAAAGAGUACUACAUCAUGUCUUUUAAGAUUAGACGCCAUAAUUGAAAACCCUGUACGAAUGUUUAAUAUUGAAGUGGAAAUCACGGACAUCAAUGACAACGCUCCUCAUUUUCGGAGGGGGACGAUGCAUUUGGACAUUUCUGAGUCCAGCCCUGUUGGAGAAAGAUUCUCACUGAAUAACGCAGCAGACCCGGAUGUUGGAGCGAAUUCAGUGAAAAACUACCACCUGAGCUCGAGUGAUCAUUUCUCCAUUGAGAUUCAGACAGGAAGAGACGGGACAAAGUUCGCUGAUUUGGUACUGAAAAAAGCUUUAGACAGAGAGCAGCAGGCUGUUCAUAAUCUCAUUCUCACUGCUGUCGACGGUGGAGUUCCCACGCGCACAGGUACAGCCAGCAUCAUUGUCCGCGUGCUCGAUGUGAACGACAACGCCCCUUCAUUUGACAAAGACAAAUACGUGGUAGAGGUGAUGGAAAACUCUCCAAUUGGCAGCCUAGUUAUUAAACUGAACGCCACUGAUUUAGAUGAGGGGUCUAACUCUGAUAUCAUUUAUUCAUAUAGUUUAUACACAUCAGAGAGGACGCAACAGAUGUUUAAUCUUAAUCCAGAAAAUGGUGAAAUUAGAGUGAGAGAGAUGAUCAACUAUGAAGACUUUAAGCUUUAUGACAUGGAAGUUAUUGCCAGUGAUAAGGGGCCAAACUCCUUAUCUGGACAGUGUAAACUGACAAUACAGGUGACUGACAUGAAUGAUAACCAUCCAGAAAUAUCCAUCAAAUCAUUUCAGAGUCCAAUCAAAGAGAAUGAACCCAUAGACACAGUGAUAGCUGUGGUUAGUGAGUGAUAAAGACUCAGGGACAAUGGAGUGGUUGAUCUUCAUAUCCCAGAUAACAUGCCGUUCAAACUGAGGGAGUCCUCUGAUAACUAUUAUGAAUUAGUGGUGUCAGAGCCCUUAGACCGUGAGAAGGUUCCAGAAUAUGACAUCACUUUCACUGUGACAGACAGAGGGUCUCCUCCUUUAUCUGACAAUGAGACGAUGACCUUAGAGCUGCUGGAUGUCAACGACAACGUCCCACAGUUCCCUCAGUCAUUUUAUACUAUACGUGUCAUGGAGAAUAACGCACCUGGAGCCCUGCUCAGCUCGCUCACUGCCUUUGACCCUGACCUCCAUGAAAACCAGUAUCUGGUUUAUUUCAUCAUCGAGAAGGAGAUAGCCAACACCUCCAUGUCCAUGCUGUUCUCCAUCAACCCAGAGAACGGAAAUCUUUACGCACUCAAAACGUUUGACUAUGAGAUCGAGAAGGACUUUCUCUUCCACAUCGAGGCCAGAGACUCUGGCUCUCCUCCACUCAGCAGCAACGUCACGGUGCACAUCAUCAUCGUGGACCAGAACGACAACGCUCCUGUCAUCGUGUCACCGUGGCGUGCGCACGGCUCGGUGGUGGAGGAGAAGAUCCCCAGGUCCACUGACAAAGGCUCUCUGGUCGCCAAGGUGAUCGCCUUGGACACAGACUCUGUGCACAACUCUCGGAUCACAUACCAGUUCCUGCAGGUGACUGACGCCACCUUGUUCAGUCUGGACCAGUACAACGGAGAGAUCCGGACCAUGAGGAUGUUCAGCUACAGAGAUCCGCGACACCAGAGACUGGUGGUUGUUGCCAAGGACAACGGGGAGCCGGCUCUGUCUGCCACAGUCACCAUCAAGCUGGCCACAGUGGAGACUGCUGUCAAGGCCUACUCUGACAUGACUGAGGUGCCUCUGGAGUACGACAUCUUCUCUGACCUCAACCUGUACCUGGUCAUCGGUCUGGGCUCCGUGUCAUUUCUCCUGCUCAUCACCAUCUUGGUCACCAUCGUGCUCAAGUGUCAGAAAAGCAAGCCCAGCAAAGCGGCUCCUCCCUGCAGGAACAGUGUGAUCAGUGAGAGGAACUCCACCAUCGCAGACUCCACUCUGGUCUCCAACGAUGCCUACUGGUACAGUCUGUUUCUAGCAGAGACCAGGAAAGGAAAGCUGGUGGUCAGACAGCCUGUGCCAAAGGGCUCCAGAUACAUCGUGUCCAGCAUCCCGAGAGGAACAGGACUCACUGACACCAGUGACUCAGCAGCAUCCACUCUGCAGGUAAGAGAACAGAUAGAAUUUCUUCUCAUGUUCUAG